AUGCGAGCGAGUGGCUUUGGUGCGGCUGAGGCUGCAGCCGUCUUGGGCGAGAGGAAGGGAGCCCCAACCACUUCCUCGGAGAGCAGCAUCACUAGGCUGGCUUUCGGCAGCUGCAACAAGCAGUAUCUUCCGCAGCCUAUGUGGAAAAGUGUGGAGGACCUCUCGCCCGACGUGUGGCUCUGGAUCGGCGAUGCCGUGUACGUGGACAAGUUCAGCGACGGCGGUGUGAAGAAGAUGAAAGAAGCGUUCUCAAAGCAGCUGGCGAACGAGGACUACCAACGGUUUCUCGCUAAGGUUCCGAGGGUCGAGGGCGUCUGGGACGACCACGACUACGGGGUCAACGACGCCGGGAAGGAGCUGUCCGAUCACCCCGGCAGGGUUUCGGCGUUCCUGGACUUUUUGGGGGUGGGGGACGACGAUCCCCGGCGGGGCGGAAGCACGCUCUACUCCUCGCACACGUUCGGAGAGGCUCCGAAAAAGUAA